AUGGAGUCACACUACUACCACUGUCACUACCACCACGACCCCUACCACCACGACCCUUACCCACACCCCCUACCUACCACUGUCACUACCACCACGACCCCUACCACCACUGACCCCUACUACCACUGUCACUACCACCCACGCACCCCACCCACCACGACCCCUACCACCACGACCCCUACCACCACUGUCAACUACCCCCACGACCCCUACCACCACGACCCCUACUACCACGACCCCUACUACCACUGUCACUACCACCACGACCCCUACCACCACGACCCCUACUACCCACUCACUACCACCACGACCCCUACCACCACGACCCUACCACCACGACCCCUACUACCACUGUCCACUACCACACGACCCCUACCACCACGACCCCUACUACCACUGUCACUACCACCACGACCCCUACCACCACGACCCCUACUACCAUGA